UGUACUUUUAGCAUGAAAACGUAUAAAUAAUGGAAUUUAUUUAUAUUGACUGACUGUAUAGCUAUGGAAACUGUUGUUUUUUUCUUCUUAUAAAUAUUUCAUUCAUGACUUUGUGAUGUGAUUAUCCACAGUUACUAUGUGUGGGUUGUAACUUGUAACAAAAUUGUUUUCUGAUAAAUAUUUGAUUUAGAUGGUGAGUAAUGUUUCGGAAGGGAACCGGAUCUGUUUUCCAGAGGCUUUAGUCUACAACUUUUUGAUCUGAAACUGUUGUAACACAUACAGGAUUAAAUAACCAACACAUCAUUAUUUGGAAGGAAAAUGUAGUUCUUGUACUUCUGUCCAAAACAAGUUCAGGAUUGUGCAUGUUUGCAAUUACCAUGCAGAACCAUGGAGUUGAGAAACAAUGUAUUUCUGUCUGGGGUUAUAUAAAAGUACAACAAUGUGCUGAAUCUUAAAGAAGCACCAACUGGGACAAAAGAUUUUGCCAUUUUAAAUAUGGAAAAGGAAUUGGAGUUGGAGGUUAACAAAAAAAGUCUAAAGAGAAUAUUGAGUCAUAUAUCGCCACGACGGCAGCAUGUGGUGUUACCCUAUGUGCGGCAUGUGCGUUGGAGUGUGACAAACGAGGAAAAGGUGUAUUGUCCUGUGUGUGUACACUUGCGAGGAGUUGAGGGGAUCUUCCCUCCCCAAAAUACAGGGCCACAGAAUGACACUAAAACUGUGGAAUACCAGCUGAGUGUAAGCCUCUACGAUCUCAACUUCAGGCAGUUCUUUGGUCGACAAUGGAUCGGUCCAUAUUCUUCCAUGAAUGCAAAUCAGAAGAAGCCUAAACUGAAAUACAACCAGAAUGUGUACUUCCAUACUUCAUUAAGCAAUGCUAGUAUUGCGGGCAUUGUAGAGGUCGUUGCCACGGUGAGAGAGGACAAUGGCAAGCAGAAGAAGUUUUCUUGUGGCUGGGGCCUCAUCCAUAUCUUCAAAUCCAACGAGGACCUUCCAGACUUUGGCCGAGCUUCUAGCCUCCCUGUCCAGAAAGUCCAGAUGUAUUAUGGGACACCUCGAGCUCUUCUGUUUAUGGAGGAACCGAUUGAAAGUAACCCUGACCUGAAGCCUAUCCCUGACUGCAUGCUCUCCUACACACUGGGUACCCACAAAGCCCUACUAGACGUGAUGAACCUGAUCCCGGAGAACGUAAUAAUUGGCAGCAACGACAUGGUCCCCGGCCUACAGGAGAGUCAGACUCCAGGUAAGGACCAGCUUAAAAAGCCCAAGACGAUGAGAAAGGUUGCUUGUCAGUUGGAGCAUGUAAACAUCCAACUCCACCCGACGGUAGAUAAGUUUGAGGAGGAGUUAUCGGAGCUGUUACACAAAGAUCGAGUGGAACGGGAUGGGCGUGGCACGUCUGGUACCCAGGUUACCAUCGUGGAAAGAAGGCUGCUUGUUGGCGUCCACAAUGGCUGGGGGUUCCUAGACAAACAGCAGAUCUUCCAUCUCGAUCUCCACGCCGACAAGUCAAAGUCACUGAAACCUACAGCCAGCCCCAGUGUCCGCCGCAGCAAGAAGUUUCAGCAGUCAAGUCAAAAGUCGGAUGAUAGUGGAAUGGCGUUCCUUACGAUGCAGAAUAAGAUCCAGUUAGGAGAACUCCUGGAGGAUCCUAUGGUCGCCAUCACUUUUACACUGGAGUAUGUCAUUGGGGAGCCUCUCUCUGAGGAGGACAGGAAGGUUUCCAGUCGUGUAGCCCGAGGAAACACACGUACAGUAUCCAUACGUUGGGCAGCAUGGAACCCAUUUUUAGCACAAAGUUCAUACGAAAUCAGAUUAGCCCUCAAUGGAGGACCCAGUCCCGCCCCUGAUGAGGAGUUCAUCUACAAACUUCCAGACACCAAGAUGCAGCAUGAGCAUGUCAGCAAAACAGCCGGAGGGAUCCUGGCCUUCUCCUUCUCGUUCAUAGAUCAGGAGGGAGGAUAUGGUGGCAUGCCCAACGCCGCGAUGCUCGGUCCGGGAGGUAUGAUGUCUGACGGCCUGAUGCCCGGUGUUAAUGGCUACAUGCCUGGGUCCAUGGCGUCGGUACAGAGCGGUGAGGGCAGCGAGAUGAUGGACUCAUCAGGACUACGGAAACCUCCCUCCGGCAGAACACCUCGCGGUAUGGGGAUGUAUCAGGGAGUAAUGGAUAUGAGGCGACCUAGUAUGGCCUCUGUAGGGAUGAGUGAGUGUACCACGACACGGAAUACAAUGGAUGGCCAGACACCAGGAAGUGGUCCCAUGUCACUACAGGUGCCACAGAUGAUGCCACAAGGUGGCAUGAGCCACCAGCAGCAGAUGAUGCAGCAACAACAACAACAGAUGAUGAUGCAGCAGGGAAUGGGGCCCCAAGGUGUCAUGUCCACCCCCCAGAUGUUCCCUCCCGGCCCCCAGGGCUAUAUGAUGUACCCCCAGGGCAUGCCCCAACAGUCUAUGUAUGGCCCCCAACAGGGAAUGUAUGGCAUGGAGAUCUCUCACAUGUCUAUGAGCAGUCGACAGGUGGGGAUGUCUACGGAAAUGAACGAACUACCUUUUACCCCGGUCCAUGCCCCAAUAGUGGUACAGCCCCAUGGACAUGUCGGGGCCCAGGGUCUAUCACGAGCAGCUUACGCCAGACUCUUCAAUGCUGGAUUCCAACCAAUUCUGGACAGAAACAGUGAACCGCCUGAAGUCAUUGAUCCGCGACAAGAUCGUAGACUUGAUCUCAAUAAGGAGAACGCUGACCCACUUCAGUGUAAUGAAAUUGUCUUCCAGUUCCUAGCAUUUUCCAGAAUGAUGUCAGUUGAAGCCACAGGACCAAAGGCUGAAACAAACACAGUGUUCUUCACAUUCCAGUUCUACAGAUGUCCUCAGGUCACAACUGAGAGAAUGAUGCUGGCUAAACCGGAGAAUGAGUUGUCAUCUGACCGCUACUCCAUACCCUACAUACUACAGAAGAUUGAGUCAAAUGGAACAAUGUCCCAGGGAGCCCCUGGCAUGGAGGUGCGAUACCACAUGGACCCCGCCUGUAUGAAACCUGGUGAGAAUGCCCUGUUCCUGAAACACCUUUCUCAACAGAUCCUUCACAUAGACGUUUGGGAUGGAGACACACUUCUGCUGAUGGGGUCCUGUGCUGUACAACUCAAGUAUUUGUGUCGAUGUGGAAGUGAGUCAGUACAGACAACGUUUGAACUUGACGUCAUCACAACAGAGUACGAAAACGAUCCAAAUUUAGUCAACAGUAACAUUAAUCAUGUGGGCGGUAUUCAGCCAAUCGGAGUAAAGACAUACGUCAAAGGCAAACUUCACCUCCGAAUGGCAAACAUCGGACAAAAAACAGAUCCCAAAUCUACACUAGCAGAUCAGCUGAAACCUUUAAAUUCCCUGUUACCUCACGUGGGAGGCAAGAAAACACAGGCAACACCUAUCGGGAAAAAAUCACGUGUUUUGUCUCAGACGGCUGGCAACAGUUCCUACCCAGGUGGACGUCUCACUGGUUCCUUUACUUCUACUGGUGAUACUUCUGGUGUAUCCCAGUUGAAGAAGAUCGCGAGAGCCAAGCACCUGGCUGACACAAACCACGAGGUCCAGGCCAUGUUAAUGUCUCAUAAGGACCAGAUGGUCCCAGAGAAGGACACAAACCGCGAGGGUGACGCUGAGAGGAACAGGAAGUUGUCUCGUCUCCACGCGGUACGCCAGGCCGAGGGCAUCGACAACAAAGUCAACACGAUAAUGAGUUACAAGACGGAGAAAUCCGAGCGUAUGAGGGACUACAAGACAAUGGAGAUUUAUCGUCUUCAGACCAAGAAAGACGGAAUCAUGAAUAUGCUUAGCCAGACCAUUUCUACCAAUUACACACUACAUCCAUCCUUUGGCACUUCGGAAUUCUUCGAAUAUGUUUUCAAAAAUCCUUUUAACGUGCAACAAACCAUCACAGUCGAGUUUGACGACAGGGAGUUAAAUGUUGUCACUGACCCCAGGGAGUGGCGCUACUUUAAGAAGCUGUAUGAACUACAAGGCGAGGUGGAAGAGGGCAUGUUUAACAAGCAGAGCAAGUCGCAUCAUGUCGAGAUUUUCCUGCGGCCAAAAGAGACCGUCCAGAUCCCAUUUAAAUACCUCACUUUUGCAGCCGAUGAAAGUGUUCAACCCCAGGGCCCUGUGGACCCAUUCAAAAGGCAGAAUGAGGACGAUGAAGACAUCAAAAAACCUCCUACACAGACUAUGAACGAGAAAAACAUCAGGGUUUUCUUUAAAAGUGAGGAUGGUAAACCAGUGUCUAUCCUGUACGUGAAGGUGGAACCUCAGCCUCACAUCAUCGACCAGACGUUCAGGUUCUAUCACCCGGAACAGUCCUUCCUCAAGAAGUCCAUCCGCAUGCCACCUUUCCAGUCCCUGCCAGGUGCUCCAGUAGGUGGCCCAGGCCUGAACCAGGUGUUCGUAAGGUGUAGUAAUAGUCAUGUUAUCUGUGACAGUAAGAGUACCCAGCCUGGAGAGCCCACAGAUGUCUUCCUCAAGGUGGCCUUAGGUCCGUCUCCACAGAGUAAGCGAUUCUUUGUGGCGAUGUACUUUGAUCCAUUCAUGACACGACCCGUACAAGUAUGGCAGUUUUAUGUACACGCUCUACAACGUGUGGAUGUGGCAUGUGUCGAGGGUCAGACUAGUCGCUUUGACCUUCUCCUGAGGGGAACACAAGCAUCACGCUUGGUACGAUGUUACUCUUCACACCCCAACGAAAUGCAGAUGUACCCUAGUGAUCAGUUCAUGCUGACGGCUGGAGCCGUCCACGAAAUGACCGUCGCUGUCCGCCCAAUGAAAGCAGGAAACAAAUUCUUCUAUAUUAAUGUUGUAGACGUAGAAUAUCAUCAACUAAUACGCUCAUGGCUGGUGUGUGUGAGUUGUCGGGCACCAAUGGUGUCUCGAUCCUUCGAUGUAGUUCUCCCAAUGGGUGGUGGGAAGGGAAGCAGCAAGCGAAUCCCGUACACAAAUCCAUACCCACAUAAAAAGGUGUUUGUUCUCCUUAACAACCGCGAGGACCUGUUACAGUUCCGAGAGUCGCGUCUGGAGAUUGAGGGCGGAGAGACACAGACUAUUGGAUUACGAUUUACACCCGUCACCAAGGCUGGAAGUGUAGAGGUGAUGGUCUUUAUCAAUGAUGAGGAUGAUAAGAAUGAGGAAACCUUCAAAAUCAUGGUCACAUACCAAUAGUGCUAGAAUAGUAGUUUUGUUUGUGAGGAUCGUCUUAAUGUUCCAUUCCUUUUACCGACAAAACUCCUGUAGUUUUGAUGGUUUAUCCAAGGAAUGCUGUUUUUGUAACUUUUGUAACUUGGUAGAAGCUGGCCUAGUAAGUUACUGCAGUUUUUCCAGCGUAAUGUCAAAAUGUAAUAUUAUCAGUCAUUUAACAGAGGGAAAGUAAAACUGAUUGGACAUUUACAAAUUAAUGCUACAGUUCUACAGUCAAAGAGUCUACAGGCUUGAUUAGUUAUUCAUACUUAUCUUGAAAGACAAAUAUAUGGCACAUGUUCCCAGAUAGUACAAUAUAUAUUUAGGGAAAUAAAGAUACAAACUAUGAUUGACCUUGAAGCCUUAUUGUAUUGUUGUCUACAAGAAAAAACGCCAGUACUGAAAUUAUUUCUCUUGGAGAUGAAGACUUACAUAUCAUAGUAUACAAGAUUUGCGAGAAAUAUCAUAAUAUCAUUAUACUGGAUUCAAAAGAUCUGACCACAUAUCAUCAUAGUAUACUGUUACCAUGGAUAUACAUGUAGAUUAUAUUUUAUAACUUGUGAGAUCUAAAGACAUAUUGUAUUAUAUCUAGAGACAUAUCUUUACAGUAUACAAGACCCUAGAGACAUUUAAGACAUACUAUGUGAAAACCCUUAAACUGUAGACACUAUGGUGUUAGAUUAUAUUUAAGCUGGUGCCUUUUGGAUCAGAGACAUACGGUUGCCAUUGUGAGAACCCUUGAACUGUAGACACUAUGACGUUAAAUUUUAUUUAAGCUGGUGCCUUUUGGAUCAGAUCUGUCCUUAUGUACCUCAUCUACAGCAAUUUGAUUUACUAAUCAGUUAAAUGUGUUUAGAACAACUUGGUUGUGAUGUAAAAUCGUCCAUGGUACAGGUAGUCCUCUGUGUAUAUUUAAAUACAAUAUUGUCUUUUCCGCGUUUUUUGCCAAAGUCCGUCCAGCUUUACAGAACCGUGCUACAGUCAGUUACAAGUGUGCCUAAUAUUACAGUAUACAUAUAUACACAAUGCCUUUACUUUUUAAAAAAAUACUGAAUAGUAAGCUUAAAGAGUAGUGAUAAAAAUGAGCUGAUUUGAUUUUUAAACGUGAUAUUUAAGUGAGGAACAGUUUUGGAAAUUCAUUCAUAUAUAGAAUUUACAAAAUUGAAUACAAAUUAUUUCAACAAUGACAAUAACAAUGAUGAUGUCAGUGAGAGUUACCUCCCUUUGAUCUGAUAGUUAACUAACGGUAGUUUCAGUAUUUUGUAUUUUAAGUCACAGGGUAUUUCAAAAUCAGUUACCCAUCAUGACCAUACUUUCUUUCAUAAGAUUGUAAUCACAGAUAUUUGAUAAUUCAUUUUAAAUUAUUUCUUUUAGAGAAAAAGAUAUUUUAAGAAAUGCAUGUUUGUGCCAGUUGUGAGUGAGAGUUGUUGUUGAUGAAAUGUUGAAAAAUAUUUAUUGGAUGGUGAAUAUAUUACAUGUCAUCUAGGUUCAGUAUGUUAAUAUUUUGUAAGUUCAGAAUUCCUACAAUUAUCAUUUGUAAAACUCUUUUGGUUAUAACUUCCUUUCAACAGCAAAAAUAAAAAUCUCUACAAGAUUUCAUUUGUAAUAAUUACACUGCCAUUAAAUGAAAUAUUGAGUUUUGAUAAAUAUCACGAUAGUCAAUACUUUAUAGAUUUACAGAAUUUAUCCCCUCAUUGAUGACAGUAAAAUGGUUAUAUAUUUAUAUGUGUAAGAUUCUACGAUGUGAGUGAGUUUUGAGGUUGAAUUUAUCAGCCGUCCUCUGGUUGUAUGAUAUAGGCUAUGGUAUAUGUUGUGUGUAGGAUAAAAUGUCUGUGAUAUCAUUGUUUACUCAAAAUGUACAUAACUGAAUCUUUUUAUAUUAUUUAUUUGUCAUAUGAUCUGAUAUUAUAAAAGUAUAUAUAUAAUGUAUAUUGAUAAUUGACUAGCAAGUUUUGUACAGUAGAAAACUAGUGAUAUUAAAUAAAAGUGAACCCUACAAUUUUA